AACAAUCUUAGGAGAUAUAUCCAGCCAGCCAAUUUAUAAACGUGAUAGAAUACAGGAUACAGAAUACGUGAUAGGAAUCACACAGAACAUAAAAUGGGUAAAGUUAAAAGACAAAGAAAGAAACUGCAUACAGAAGCUGUAAAAACUACAAACAGCAAGGUGGAAAUUGUAGAUAUGAUGGAUACAGAUAUACAGCAACCAGAACUAAGACUAGACAAUCCAUUUGCCAAUCUUGACCUUGACUUGGGUCAGCUUAAGCAGAAGCUACCAGAUUUCGAUGCCAGAAGUCAAGUCACUAAUAAAUCUUUGAAAGGUUUACACAUUAAAAAGAAAGAUAAAAAGAAACUUAGACAUGAUAUUUGGAUAAAAAAAUUGAAUGCAGUUGAAGCAGCAAAGAAAGAAGAAAAGGAUAGAAAGAAGAGAGAAAAGACAGCUAUUGUGGGUGACAUUGGAGCCAUGGGAGAUGCCCUUCCUACCAUAGAACUCUUAAUGAAAAAAUCCAGCCAAGCUAACAGGGAUCAAACAGAAGAGAAGACCAGAGGAAUCGGUAAAGAAAAGAAACGGAAAAAACAAAUGAUGGAAGAUAUAUCAAUAUUCAAACAGAUUUUGGAUCAUCCAGCAUACAAAGAGAAUCCCACAGAGACAAUUACAACACACUUACAAAACAAAUUGAAACAAGAAGAUGCAGGAUAAUAAAACAUCAUAUUCAAAUUGUUA